AUGUCUAAUCUAGAUGCUGGCUUGCCAGCGGGCGCUGAGAGCCCAGCGCCUUCAUCAACAGUCGCUCCUACACAUGACUCUCGAAACGAUGCCACUGGAUCUCCCUCUCCCCACACGGAGGAGGUACAUCUCUCGGAGAAGGAGGGGAGAGACCCGAACCUGGAUAUCAAUCUCCCUUACAGAACCUUGAGCCCUCAAGCGAACCUCAAUGAGUACACGGUCGAGAAACCAGGUGGGGAGAUGGACGGCGGGCUUGAGCCAGAUGGACACUCUCAUUACAAGCUCGUCACCUUCACACCCGAUGACCCGGAAAACCCAAAGAACUGGUCCAAGGCGUAUAAGUGGUAUUGCACGAUGGUAGUGGCCGUCACCUGUUUCGUCGUCGCCUUUGCUUCCUCGGUCAUUACAGCAGAUAUCGAGGGCGUGGAGAAAACGUUCCAUGUUUCUGAGGAAGUUGGAUUCUUAACCAUCACAGUUUUCGUCAUUGGGUUCGGAGUGGGUCCGAUGGUGUUCGCCCCCCUCUCAGAGGUUGUUGGUCGAAGAUUGAUCUAUGGUACCACCUUGUUGCUGGCUGUCAUCUUUACCAUUCCCUGCGCUGUGGCCCCCAACAUCGGUACUCUCAUCGUCUGCCGUGCUAUCGAUGGAAUCGCCUUCUCAGCCCCUAUGACGCUCGUCGGAGGUACUCUUGCGGAUCUGUGGAAGACUGAAGAGCGUGGUGUGCCCAUGGCAGCCUUCUCAGCAGCUCCCUUUAUUGGUCCUGCUAUCGGUCCCCUCAUCGGUGGUUUCUUGUCCGACGCGGCUGGCUGGAGAUGGCUGUACUGGAUCCAACUCAUCUUCUCCGGAACAGUUUAUAUCUUCAUCACCUUCACGGUCCCUGAAACCUACGCGCCCACCAUCCUCGCCGCUCGUGCGAAGAAACUGCGUAAAACCACCGGAGACCAGAGCCAUGUCACGGAACAAGAACUCGACACCCGCCCAUUCUCCGAACGUCUACGUGUCUUCCUGAUUCGACCCUUCCAACUGCUCUUCCGGGAGCUCAUCGUCUUCCUUGUCUCCAUCUACAUGUCGGUCUUGUACGGUUUGCUCUACAUGUUCUUCGUGGCGUACCCCAUCGUCUACCAAGAAGGUAAAGGCUACUCCGCAGGUAUCACAGGUCUGAUGUUCAUUCCCCUCGCGGUCGGUGUGCUAGCUUCUGCUGCCUGCGCGCCCAUCGUCAACAAACACUACUUGAAGAAGGUUGCCGAGUACAAUGGAAAACCCCCUGCCGAAGCCCGACUGUACCCCAUGAUGGUCUCCUGCUGGUUCAUCCCCAUCGGUCUCUUCAUCUUCGCCUGGACCUCGUACCCGCGUCUCAACUGGGCUGGUCCCGCAUUUGGCGGUUUCCCCGUUGGUUUCGGCUUCAUCUUCCUCUACAACUCCGCCAACAACUACCUCGUCGAUUCCUACCAGCACCAAGCAGCCUCUGCCCUCGCCGCCAAGACCUGCAUCCGUAGUUUCUGGGGUGCCGGUGUCGUGCUGUUCACGGUCCAGAUGUAUCACCGCCUGGACUACCAAUGGGCCAGUUCCCUGCUCGCCUUCAUCAGUCUCGCGUGUUGCGCUAUCCCUUACGUCUUCUACUUCUUCGGCGCGAGGAUCCGUAAGCGCUCGAAGUACGCCUACUCCGGCGAUGACGAGGAGACCUUGAAGACGGGUGCGGCUUAG